AUGUUUUCCUUCUUAACAGAUUGGGUUGUUGUUGCCAAUGAUCUUUUAAGGAGCUGUCACAUAAACCAACACAUAAAGCAUCUCUCUGAAUGUGGUGCUGAUGUGUUUGUUCGUCUUUACGAGUCAAUCUUAGGAGAAAAAGUACCAGAUUUCAUAGCUACUCCUAGAAGCCAGGAAGAUGACGCACAUAAUGUACAAGCGGUAAUAGAUUCCCUGGCACUGGACUAUUUGCAGGUCAGCUUGUCUCACAUCACUGGUGAGAGCAUUGUGAAAGGAGAAAAGGAAUCUAUCAGAAACCUCCUUGAGAUAUUUGAUGGUUUGUUAGAGUAUCUUACAGAAGAAGCCAGUGAAUCUUCUUCUCAGUAUGGAGAUGAGUUAAACGCGCUAUCCAGUAACGAAAUUCAUGAGCAGCUGGAAAGCGAUGCUGGUCAGCUUACACAACCCUCAACGUUCUCAUCAGUUGAAGGGUCCCAGUCAGAACUUCUUGUUCCAUCUUGUUAUGUAGACGGAUCAGAAUCUACCAAUGAAUUAAUUAGACUUGGAGAUACUGCUCACUCAUUUUCUAAGAGAGAGGAAGAGUUCCAGGUGCCUGAAUUGUUACCAGCAGAAAAGGACAAGGGGGUGGAGGAAUCUAAAGAGUCAGAGGCUACUGGAGCAUCACCUAGACAGUUCUCUGGAAGGGCCAGCGUAGAAGAAAAGGAACAGGGAUCAAUGGAGUCUGUUCAUGCUACUGAACCUCAGCAAGAAAGUUUGAGUGCCAGCGCUACAAAACUUGGGGAACUGAUCCAGCCAGCUGUUCCUUUGCUGCCACCAUUUCAGCCUUCAGGAGCCAGAUCUCAUUAUCCUGCAUGGAGAGGUUAUCAGAGCUCAGACUGCCAGCCAGCAGCUUUGGCAAACUGUCCUGGAGUGAAAAUUCCUACUCUUGAAAAGUCACUUGCACAAGAAUCUGAAGAUGUUUCUGGCAGUCUUCCUCUGUCAAGGAAAAUCCCUGUGGGAGACAAGGUGGUAUCAAAUGAUGCUGAGGACAACGUGGCAAAGGUAGCUGUUCCCUGUGCAUAUGGGACUUCACCUGCUUCCUCUUUACACCAACAACUCUCACUUCAUGCUGAACAAGUAACAGAAAUGCCAAAACCUGAAUCUGCAUAUCUGCCUAGAAAUGAAAGAUAUGAAAGUUCUACCACAGAUUCACUUCAGGAGUCUUUCUCCCACAGAACAACAAAGGAAAAGCUAUCUGAUCCAGAGCUUCAAAAAGCGUCAGAAAAACUCCAUCGCAGGUUAAAUGAACUAAAUUUAAUGUUAGAGAGAGCUUUGGGCAGACGCACCAGAGAAGAGUUGACAGAUGAAGACAACCUUUCUCAGCACAGUGACAGCAUCAUGGAUUAUCGCCGAAGGAAAGCCGAACGAGACAUGCCGCAUCUAAGGUACCCAGGCAGGCCACGAUCCCUUUCUCCAUCCUCACCCUCAUCUCAGAAUCAACUCAGAACUGAGCUGGAAGAUAAACUUAGUGGUAAUGGAGCAGGUCAAACAAGGAAAAUACGCAGCCAGUUGCAAAAAGAAAGAGAUGAAAGAACAGAAAAAACAAAGACAGUCGCUAGAGCUUAUGAAGAUGAACUAAGAAUUUACGAAGCUAGGGAGAGGCUUAGACUUGCCAAGCUCAGAGAAGACAUCAAAGAAAUGGAACAAGAAUACAAAGAAAACACCUUUCAAGAACCUCCAAAAAUGCCUCAGCCAGUGAAAGUUUGUUCUAGAAAAACCACACCUCGGAAUCCCAAACACAGCCAGUGGAUUCCAAAACGAGGGACUGGGAAGCCAAAGAAAGCAGCUCCAAUGAAAGCAAGAGAUGAUGGCCUCUUAUUUCAGCUACUGGAAGAGUUUCCCCACCUGCAUAUUUCCCACCACACGAUGAAAAAAAUGUGGCAGCGGCAGCUUGCACAUACUGAACAACUUAAGGCAGCUUCUGGUGGAACUCGACCAAAACUCCAAAAUGAAGUUCAACAAGCCCUGAAGAAGCAUGAGCUUCUUGUUGCAAUUAUGAAAAAAGAUCAAGACCAUAACAAGAGGCUGCAAGAAUUUAAGCAACGUAUCUACCGCCAGAAAUGGACUCAGAAUAAAGUGAGAGAGAAACGCCAGCAAGUUGCUCGAGCCAGGAAAUACUAUGAAGAUUAUCGGGUUCAGCUGCGUGCCAAGAUGAUGCGGGCUCGGACACGGGAAGAAAGGAUAUUUAAAAACUUAUUUGAAGAAGGCUUAGAAAUUCAGAAGCAAAGACUGAAGGACCUGAGAGCAUAUGCUCAAGAGAAGCGUGCUGAGCAAAGGCAAGAACAUCAAAAUGAGUUGGAGUCUAUGGAGAACUAUUACAAAGAUCAGUUUUCCAUGCUAGCAGAAGCUGUAUCUCAAGAACGCCAAGAAAUUCAAACCAGGGAGAAAGCACAAGCACAAAUGCUCCAGAAAACAAAAAGGGAAUUGAGAUGGAGGAUGGAAAAGGAAAUACAGCAACUGCAAGCAGCAAUAAUGCAAAGUGAUGAUGAUACCUUUUUUCAGGAACUAGAAGCAGACAGACUGAAAUCUAGAGUUCAGAUGGCUUCCUUUCAGUACAGCAAAAGCUGGUUCUUGUAA